AUGUCAAGUUCAGAAGACGAAGGAGGCGAAGAGUAUCUAUUCAAAGUCGUCAUUAUAGGCGACUCCGCCGUCGGAAAAUCUAACCUACUUUCACGGUACGCUCGUAACGAGUUCAAUCUUCACUCCAAAGCUACAAUCGGAGUUGAAUUUCAAACUCAGAGCUUAGAAAUUGAUUCUAAAGAAGUUAAGGCUCAGAUUUGGGAUACUGCCGGUCAAGAACGGUUCCGCGCUGUUACUUCCGCCUACUACAGAGGCGCCGUCGGUGCUCUCGUUGUAUAUGACAUUAGCCGGAGAACUACCUUUGAUAGCGUCGGUAGAUGGCUCGAUGAACUCAAGACUCAUUGCGAUACAACGGUGGCAAUGAUGCUGGUGGGAAACAAAUGCGAUUUGGAUAAUAUAAGGGAUGUAAGCAUUGAAGAAGGUAAAAGCCUUGCAGAAUCAGAAGGUUUGUUUUUCAUGGAAACCUCUGCUUUGGAUUCUACAAAUGUGAAAACAGCUUUUGAGAUGGUUAUUAGAGAAAUAUACAACAAUGUUAGCAGGAAGGUUCUCAGCUCAGACUCUUACAAAGCCGAAUUAUCCGUCGACAGGGUUAGUCUUGUUAACGAUGGCAACCCUACAUCCAAGAAAAACAGUAGCUAUUUUUCAUGCUGUUCCUGA